AUGCCGGAAUUGGGUCCAAUAAUGCGAGCGGUUGAACUGCAGCGGCUAGUUGAAAACAAAGUGUCCGAAUGGCGCGAGAGGUCAGCUAGGGUCGCGGGGACGAGCGUGGCCGAUUCUUAUCAACAGCCACUACACUUUAAACGUCACACAAACAGACGCAAAAACAGCGCUGAAAUAAACAGAAUUAUCGCAAAGUACUCGAAACCAAUUAAGAGGGUUGACGAGCAGCGGUUUAUUUUACAAAAGUGUCCAGAAGAGCCGCCAGUGCGUCCAGAGAGGCAUAAAAAAUUACGUAACAAUUUAAAGGUUUCUAGAAGCGAAGACAAUCUUCUUAACAUUGUUGGUAUGGACAAUAACCCGGAUCCUACGAUAAAAAGUGAGGAACGGCCGCGGUAUAGCGUAUCCAAGUAUAACGCCAAGAGUUGCGAGGAUAUUGCAGCAUUUGUCGAUGUUGACCACACUAUGAAGAGCAAGAACUUUAAGGAAAAUAGUAUUUUAAAUUCAAAACCUGUUCCAAAUAUGAGGCAUAAGUUACAUAGUAUUAGUGGAGACAUUUCUGUUAUUUCAGAAUUUAGUGACAGUGUUGUUGAUUUUAGAGUUACAAACAAAUUUGCUACUUCGACUCCCUUGUCGAAGAGAAAGACGUGUCCGCCUGGUGAUUCAGUUUCAGUGAUGGAUAUCGAAAAGUGUACAAAUUGUAACAGUGUUAGUUUUGAUAUGAAAAAAGGUAGUUCAGAACCAGAUAUUCUAAGAAAGAAGUCGGUAGAAUCAACAAGUACUUUAGAUUUUCGGCAACGGCUGAAGUUUAUUAAGCCAACCUUUAAAAAAGGAACAUUUGAUUGUUUGUUACGUUGGCGUGGAAAGAAACCAUCGUCGAAUCAAAGCAGUCAGCGCAAAAUACAAGAAGUCGACGACAGUUUCUUUGAAAAGUUUGGAUCAAUUUUGAAGCAAGCUUCUCAGAAAGCUGCGCUCGAAGAAUCUACACCCUUAGCUCCGUUGAAAGAAGUUGAAGAGCAAGACGGAGAAAAAGUAGUGACGGAAGUCUCUGAGAGUCGAAUUGUCACACGCGACUCAGAUAGUGGCAAUGAAACGUUACUUGACACCGACUCGGAGCCUGAAGACCCAGAAAAAGUGGACUUUUAUGUUGAAGCUGUUGGUUGGAAUGUUGAUGAAUUAUAUUUAGAAAUAUUAUACGAAAUUUUACACAAUGUCGGCGGAUGUGACAUAGGAUGUGAAGUGGGACAACAAGCAAUGCUGUCCUACGUCCAAGAAGCAUUCAAAAUGUCAAAUGACAAGCACACAGAACUCCUAACACAAGCAGAGGCCAAGGAACCUCCAGAGCUGAUGUUGAACGUAGAAAUAAUUGAGGGAAAAGAUCUCGUCCCGAAAGAUCCUACCGGUCUUAGCGAUCCUUUCGUAACAAUUUAUCUCAUGUCCAAUACUGCUCAUAGAUAUAAUACGUCUGUUAAAUCGGGAACCCUUAAUCCUGUUUGGGAGGAACAUUUUUCAUUACCUAUUCCCGGCAGCCUUCAUGAAGAUUCACUUUGUUUGGAAGUUUGGGACUUUGAUCCUGCGGAGACAGUCAAAGAGAAAAUGACCAAAAUAUUUGAAGUGAAAGGCGUUAAGGGUCUUCGGAAACUUAUGAAAGAAAUAGCUAUCACAGCUUCAACAGGAAAACAUGACAACGAGCUGAUUGGCACGGCGAAUAUAUCGCUCAAAUCGAUUCCUGCGGGUGGUAUGAUCAUGUGGCUAAAUUUAAGCAAAAAGAGCAAAUUACGUCGUCAAGGUGUAUUAAAAGUACGUUUCAAUUUCUCGUCAGAGAAGAACUCACAGGUGGCAGCUCAAGAACAUAGGCAUCUAUUGAGGAUACUUCUUUUGCAUGAGCUAGAAAGCUCUAAGGUGGCUCCGUACUGGUGGUGUGGUAACUUCAGCGCGGCGGCUGAAGGGAUUCUAACUCAGCACGCAGCACAGAGUGGGCUAUCCCAACUAGAUAAUAAUCUCGCCCAGUGGACCGUCUUCUGCGCGGUCACCCCCGACCAUCCCCUUAGCUUUGCCCUCUUCAACAGCCUGCUUGACAAGAUCACCAAACCCUUGCAAUCUGGUCUUGUGAACGAAGAGGAUGUUAAGCUCUUCUGGGAUGGAGCAAAAAAAUUGCUUCCAACAUGUUUCAGUCACAUCAGAAAGUUAAGGAAGAAGACAGCGGGAGAUAAAACCGUCAUGAAAACGCUACGAGAAGUUUUGAAAAUACUUUACAAGUUAUCAUCGCUAGAUUUACCAGAGUCUAUAGACCUGUUUCCUGUCAAUUUAUACGGCUGGUUAAGAGAUAAAGAUGACGGGAGUAAGCUAACAAUACAAGAGGUUUUAAACCAGGCGGCUAUACAAGGCGCGUCCGAUUGGUUUGUUCACAUACUCGAUAAUAAUGAAUGUAAAGACAAGACGGAAGAGUCGAGACUGCAGCAUUUAAUUAGAGUUAUACAACUUGUUAGGUCCGAUCUUCAAAGAGCUAUUGAAUACUUUGACAGAGUUUUUGUUGAAGUUAUGACUUUCCCUUAUUCUAAAACACUGUAUGGUGUUUAUGAAGAUAAGAUAGCUUCUUUAGUGGAGCCAGAGGUUAUACAAGUCUGCAAGAGUCUAAAACGGUUACGAUAUAGCGAAGGAUCAACAAAUAGCGUACAUUUGGCUGGUGGACUUAAUGGAGAAACAGGUCUAGGAGGACCUGAUCUGGGUUCCGAACCGCUCGCUAUGGGCACUACAUUGUUCGAAUUAUAUCUUGCUUUGCAGAGAUUUUUGACGUUGGGUCAAGGGCUAAAUGAGACAGAUUGGCAUUCCUAUAGCAUUUCCAAAUUUCACGGAUGGUUUUUCGGAGGUGUUGCUCAAUGGCUGGACAUAGCGGCUUACAAAGCUCUCACGCGCAUAGACAAGGCCGUUGAAUUAGAUAAUUUAGUGCCUGUUGAUUCUAAUGUGAAAUACAGCAGUUCAGGAGUAGAUACGUUGGCCAUUUUCUAUCAGAUAAAGAUAUUUUGGCAGCAAUUGGCGUGGCCAGAUGUCGAGGGAUGCUACACUUUUGUUGCAAAAAUUAUUGAUGAUAUUUGUCGGUGUUGCGUGUUCUACUCGGACCGUAUGGCGUCUCGAGUGGAGGGGGCAGGUGUGGUGGGAGGGUCUGGGUCACCGUACGAAGCUAGGUUCGAAGUGACGACAGAGUGGUGUGUCGCUAUCAAUAACAUUGACUACGUACGUCAAAGUCUACAGCCCUUCGUGCGAGAACUGGAUAUGGAUGAUAUCAUCCGUCGUAUGUGUGAGGCGAGAUCACCGCUCGAGGCCCAGAGGUGCAAGGAGACUUUACAAAACGUCAUCGAAAAUGCUAUUGAUACUGUUAAAAAUAAGAUUCUCGAUUUGCUGGAGAUUAUGAUAAAGAAGAUGAUGCCAUCCAUCACCCGUUUUCUGAUAGAAGGGGCAGAGCUACUACAUCAAGAUUGUUCAAGUAUGGACAGAGUCAUGAGAUAUCUUGAAGCCAAUCUAGACACAUUGUAUCAGCAUUUGAACAACGAAAAUUUCUCUAGAACGUUGGAUAUAGUUUGGGAGCAACUGGGAGAAGUUUUAUAUGAACUCAUACAAGCUAAUCUAGAGCACCGAAGGGCAAAGAUAACACGAUAUAUCGACCCGAGGCGUUUGACAAAAUCGGCAGCCGCCAACUUAGAUGCGAAACGACGACCACCGGCAUUCUUUUCCAAUCUUCACGAAUGCCUUAAAAUAAUGGUUCGUUCGUUCAGACAAGACAACAAAGAGAUUUAUACAUCUGAGACUUUGAAGAGAGUUGAAUAUUUAUUGAAAAUCCACGGUAUGGAGACCAGGGAGUUAAUCCAUCAGUAUCAUUUGGAACGGUGGCAGGAACAGCAGUCUAUCACUGAACCUAAGAUGGGCUUGCUAACGGUUCGUGCGCACUUCAUUGACGACAAUUUAAAGAUAGAAAUCAUGAACGCUAGGAAUUUGGUGGCGACUGACUCAAACGGUUUAUGUGAUUCGUACGUCCGUGUUGCUCUUCUUCCUGAAGACACUUUCGCCAAUGUUGAGAAACCUAAAACUCAAACGCACAACAAAAAUCUAUUUCCGUUGUACGAUGAAAUGUUCCUAAUUCAGCUGACACCGGAGCAACGGCAGAUAGCAGACGGGCUGCUGCACUUCGUGAUCAAGGACAAGGACAUGUUCAGCGUGAGCAACACGUUCGUGGGCGAGGCCUACGUGCACUUCCGCGAAUUAGAGGACACGCGCGCGCCCAUAUCCAGCCUGCCGCAGAGGCACCUUCCGCUGUCGCGCCCCGCGCCCAUCGACGGUGACGCUAUCAAAGCCUUGGAAUCAAGACAAGGAGACAAACAAGCACGAGAGUUCUUGAAGAAACAAAGACAAAAAAUGCCAAGUAAACAGUUCUUCUCGUUAGGCUGAAUUUAGUUGUUGUAUACGACUAAUGGAAGCCAAUUGUAAAUCAACAGGCAGCUAUGAACAGUCUUUGUGUAAAAGCUAUCCGUAUCCUACUUAACCGUGUCUCUCAAUACAGUCGUAACAAAGACGUUAAUAAUUUUAUGUCAUAUAGCUAAGUAAGUCAUUGUACUGUUUAUAUGGCGAUUUUUUCUUAUAUCUAUUAUAUAAUACUUAUAUGCCUAUGUAUACAAAAUACGUAUACACGCCUAAAGCAAUAAAAUAUUUACGAUUUUGAUACGUUUUAUAACGAAAUUGGCAAUAAUCAUGGACGAAUGAGGUUUUCAAAUGUGAAAACUUGUUCUUAUGAAUAUCGUAUAUUUGAUUAAUAAUUUUAUUUGUAGUGCUCACGAAUCUCUAUUUAGAAGCGAUUCUGUAUAAUUUUUUGAUAAAAUGCGUAAGGCAUGUCUGUCGUUGUUUUUUAAUGCUUCCAAAUCUUCAAGAAUAAGAUCUCAAAUUGUGUUUAUUUAUGAAAGAAAUUAUAGCUAUGGCACUAACGAUAUCUUUUUUAAAUAAGUAGUUUUGAUUUUUAUUUAUUAAAUUUAACUAUUGUAUUUGAUUGCAACAAUACAUGCAAUAAAUGUAUUCUUCUCUGAAUGCGUAGUGUUAUAUGUAUGCCAGUAGAUAAGGUAAUAUGUAAGAAUAAAAUGUAUAUGU